CCGUGUUGUAGGAAAUCCGCUUGCGGCGGAUUAUUGUAAUCCGACAGAGGGUCUGUUCUGGACGACACAUCGGAUCACGACUGAAAAACAGCCGAAGCUCGGCGGCCUGACAGCUGCAGCUGGUCCGAGAAUAAAGGGAUAAAGCGGGGAUAUGAUCUGACGCGCUGCCCGGUGCUCGGAGCUCCUGCAGGCGGUGAUCGGCGGCGCCCGGAGCCGUUUCCUGGACAUCUGACAGACGCUGACAGCCGCACCGCAUCACCGCACCGCAUCAGAGCAGAGAGGAGAAGCUUUAAUUUUUCUGUUAAAGACAUCUCCCCCCUUCUCCCUCCCUCCCCCCACCCGGGUCAGAUCUAACUCCAGCCUAGCCCGGCUCGGCUCGGCUCGGCUCGGCUCUGCCGCGCUGUUCGCUCCGAGCCGCUGCGGACAAACCUACAGCUAGCGCGGCUAGCUCACUCCAGCUAGCGAGCUAGCUAGUCAGGAAUUUCUCAAGUUUUAGUCAGAAAUUCAUCUAAUUUUCUGACCUGCCGACACGGAGGGAGGAUGUCGGCGAAAGAGCAGAACAAACUCUCCACCGUGGAGCGACCUAUUAAAGCGGUGCCAUAUCCUCCCGGUACGCGCCUGACGGUCAAAGACCUGUAUGUGGACGGGAGGCCCAGCGUGGAGCAGCUGAAGGCCCAUCUGGUGAAGGAGGGUCGGCUGGAGGAGGAGGCGGCUCUACGAAUCAUCAACGAGGGAGCCGGCAUCCUGCGCCAGGAGAAAUGCAUGCUGGAAGUGGAAGCCCCCAUCACAGUGUGCGGCGACGUCCACGGACAGUUCUUUGACCUGAUGAAGCUUUUCGAGGUGGGCGGAUCUCCCAGCAGCACCCGCUACUUGUUCCUGGGAGACUACGUGGACCGAGGGUACUUCAGCAUCGAGUGUGUGCUGUACCUGUGGGCUCUGAAGAUCAACCAUCCCAACACCCUCUUCCUCCUCAGAGGAAACCACGAGUGCCGGCACCUCACAGAGUACUUCACCUUCAAACAGGAGUGUAAAAUAAAGUACUCGGAGCGUGUGUACGAUGCCUGUAUGGAAGCGUUCGACUGCUUGCCUCUGGCUGCGCUCCUCAACCAGCAGUUCCUGUGUGUGCAUGGAGGUCUGAGCCCCGAGGUCACCUGCCUGGAUGACAUACGCAAGCUGGACCGGUUUAAGGAGCCGCCGGCGUUCGGGCCGAUGUGUGACCUGCUGUGGUCGGACCCGGGAGAAGACUACGGUUCAGAAAAGACCCAGGAACACUUCUGCCACAACAGCGUGAGAGGCUGCUCAUAUUUCUACAGUUACCCGGCAGUAUGUGACUUCCUGAUGAACAAUAACCUGUUGUCUGUAAUACGAGCACAUGAAGCCCAGGACGCCGGGUAUCGAAUGUACAGGAAAAGUCAGACGACAGGCUUCCCGUCUUUAAUCACAAUCUUCUCGGCUCCCAACUACCUGGAUGUGUACAAUAACAAAGCUGCGGUGCUGAAAUAUGAGAAUAAUGUGAUGAACAUCCGGCAGUUUAACUGCUCCCCUCACCCCUACUGGCUGCCCAACUUCAUGGACGUCUUCACCUGGUCUCUGCCCUUCGUUGGAGAGAAAGUGACGGAGAUGCUGGUGAACGUGUUGAACAUCUGCUCUGAUGACGAGCUGAUGUCAGAAGGGGACGACACGUGUGAGGGUGGAGCUCCGGCUGUCAGGAAGGAGGUGAUCAGGAAUAAGAUCCGGGCGAUUGGAAAGAUGGCUCGAGUCUUCUCUGUGCUCAGAGAGGAGAACGAGUGUGUGUUACAGCUGAAGGGUCUGACUCCGACCGGCACGCUGCCUCUGGGAGUUUUGUCCGGAGGUCGGCCGUCUCUGGAAAGCGCCACCGUAGAGGCAGAAGAGGCACGAGCCAUUCAAGGCUUCAACCCGCAGCACAAGAUCCAGAGCUUCGAGGAGGCCCGAGGUCUGGACCGGAUCAACGAGAGGAUGCCCCCCCGCCGCGACAGCAAGCAGCCGGAGGCCGCCGCCCCCCCCUCCCUCAACAACCUGCCGGCCAGCGCUGGACCCCCGGACAAGAACGGCACCAACACACAGGCCUAGAUCCUCUCUCUCUCUCUCUCUCUCUCUCUCUCUCUCUCUCUCUCUCUCUCUCUCUCUCUCUCUCUCUCUCUCUCUCU